AUGAUCCAGACCGAUCACCUGUACUCCGCAGACGACUUGUACAUGCUUCGGCAGGGUGAGGAUAAACCCAUUCGGGAAUAUGCAACCCGCUUCAGCCACGAGUAUUCUCGUUGCCCGAAGAUUGACGAACGUGCUUCCUUCGGUGCUUUCAAGAGUAGACUCCGCGAGUCCAACUUUCGGUACUUGGUAUACAGCAACCCUUGGAACACAUAUGCAGAGCUAAUGAAGCAGGCAGCCGUUCAUGCUAAGGCCGAGUAUUUCAACUCCAAGCAUGACCUAGCCACCUCUGCACGCAGCACCUUUGGUGAUCCUCCACAUGCUUCGCAUAGGGGUGAGGCCCUAGCAGUAACCAAGGCUCCAGCCCCUUCUCGAACUGGCACUGAACGACCUAAGGACCCUAGGGAGGAAUCGGUUACACAACAGGGCAAACCCAUGGAAGACCUCGAGCUUGUCUGCCUCCAUGAUUACAUCCCGGAUUGGCACCUCCCUCUCCCAGAAGCUUGGCUCUGA